UGGGUUAGUGCAGCCCCAACCCUGGGGUGGCAGCCCUGGUCGGUCCCGAGCGGGCGUGGCCGACUCGGGAGCCGGCAGAGGGCCAGGAUCCCGCCCGGAGAUCCCGCAGCACCGAGCUUCUCAGGCUCCCUCCCAACUCUACCGUCGCCGGGCUCGCAGGGCCCGGCCACCCGGGGUCGUGGGAGCCCUAGAGAGAUCCUAGGGCGCUGGGCAGGGCCAGCACGUGGAGAAGACCCGGGAACAGCUGAGCGCUCAGGGCUCUGGGGGCCACCUCGGGGAGGCGGUCCCGUCCUGAGCCGGAGGGCGGGGUGCGCGGGCACCACAGUUACUUGGGGACGCGCCCUGGUUCGCCGCACUUCCAGCCACUCCACUUGCAGAGCAGUCCUCGGGCCCAGCUCUGGGCUGAAAAUGCCGGCCCUUCACAUCGAAGAUUUGCCAGAAAAGGAAAAGCUGAAGAUGGAAGUUGAGCAACUGCGCAAAGAAGUGAAAUUGCAGAGGCAACAGGUGUCUAAAUGUUCCGAAGAAAUAAAGAACUAUAUUGAAGAACGUUCUGGAGAGGAUCCUCUUGUGAAAGGAAUUCCUGAAGACAAGAAUCCUUUUAAAGAGAAAGGCAGCUGUAUUAUUUCAUAAAUAACUGGAGAGAAAUUUCAUCCUGAGUAGAAGAACUAGCUUGUUUUGGUUUUCUGAAAUAAAACCAAAAUUCUUUUCAAAGAAAGAAAAACAAAAUUUAAAGACUUUCUUAAACACUUCUAUUGAUAUGAUUAUGUAUAAAAACUGUUUCUCAUCUUUGCUAACUACACACCCUUUUCAAGAGGGCAGAGAGUAUCAAACAUACAAUUAUGGAAAUAAGGACAUUACUUGUGCGUGACUCACCUCUUUUCAGUGUAUUGCUUGAUGCCUUAAAUAAAGUUUUUAUCUCUGGAAAAUG